AUGGCGCCUGCCUCGACUUUAUUGCGCGCUGCCGCUCCCGCUCCUCACGCCCACACUUCCUUCCCCUCCCACCACACACCAACGUCAUCGUCAAAUCGCACAACCAUCACCAACACCAACCCUAGUGCCAACUCCACCUCUUCUACUCCCCUCCACCGAAUCCAGACCAUCGCCAAACACAUGGCGCUGCCACAAACAACAAGUUUCCCCGCCGAGGUGGUACCUCAAGCUCCCGAGGAUCCUCUCUUUGGGUUGGCGAGAGCGUUCAAGGCGGACCCAAGUCCCCAAAAAGUUGAUUUGGGCAUCGGCGCGUACAGAGAUGAGAAUGCGAAGCCGUGGGUAUUACCAGUUGUCAAGAAGGCGGAUGAAAUCAUACGAAAUGACCCUGAAGCCAACCACGAAUACCUCCCCAUCGCCGGUCUCGCUUCCCUAACCAGCAAAGCCGCCGAGCUCGUUGUCGGUGCCUCUGCUCCCGCCAUCGCCGAGGGGCGCGUCGCCUCGAUCCAGACCAUCUCCGGCACUGGCGCCUGCCAUCUCGGCGGUCUCUUCCUCUCGCGCUUCUACAACCCGUACGGCGACGCCUCCAAGAAGCCCACCGUCUACCUCAGCAAUCCAACAUGGGCCAACCACAACCAAAUCUUCUCCAACGUCGGCCUCCCCAUCGCCCAGUACCCUUACUUCGACCAGAAGACCAAGGGCCUCGACAUUGACGGCAUGAAGAAGGCCCUCUCUGACGCCCCCGAGCGCUCUAUCAUCCUCCUCCACGCCUGCGCCCACAACCCCACCGGCGUCGACCCUACGCUCGCCCAGUGGCGCGAGAUCGCCGAGAUCAUGGCCGCGAAGGGCCACUUCCCCUUCUUCGACACCGCCUACCAGGGUUUCGCUUCGGGCGACCUCGACCGGGACGCCUCCGCCAUCCGGCUCUUCGUCGAGCUCGGUUUCGAGCUCGUAGUCGCACAGUCCUUCGCCAAGAACUUUGGUCUCUACGGGCAACGCGCUGGCUGCUUCCACUUCAUCUCCGCUCCUUCGCCGGACGCUGCGUCCAUAACCACCCGCGUGGCCUCGCAGCUCACCCUACUCCAGCGCUCCGAGAUUUCCAACCCGCCCAUCUACGGCGCCAAGGUGGCUUCGAUCGUACUCAACGACCCCGCGCUCUUCGCCGAGUGGAAGGAGAACCUGCGCACCAUGUCGGGUCGCAUCAUCGACAUGAGGAAAGCUCUGCGGGCAAAGCUCGAGGAGCUUGGCACCCCGGGACCGUGGAACCACAUUACCGACCAAAUCGGCAUGUUCUCAUUUACCGGGUUGAACGAGAAGCAAGUGGCUAAGCUCAGGGAGGAAUUCCACAUCUACAUGACCAAGAAUGGCCGCAUCAGCAUGGCCGGUCUAAAUACAAAGAACGUAGAGUACGUUGCCAGGGCGGUGGACAAGGUUGUCAGGGAGGUGCAAUAGAGGAUGCCUCACUCUUUGCUUUCCUUUCUGAUCUAGGUCUUUACUGUUUCUCGGUCAUUUCUCUUACUCUUUCUUGUUCCCUGCUAUUCCCUUUUUGUUGACGAAUAAGCGGUUAUCGGGUGGUGAUGCUGUAUGUCUGAAUGGGGAUUAGCAAGAUUACAGCGAUCCUCUCUUAUCAUCAGUAGUACCGGGUUUAUUUGCUGGUCUGUUAUUGGGGUUUUAUAUGGUAACGAGGUCGAGGCCUAAGAUGCCUCCCCCAUGGGUACUACUUGCUGCUGAAUGGAUGGGAACAGCAAUGGGGAAAACUACCUAUCGAUGGGGAAAACAUUGAUGGGAUAGAGGCGCACACUAAUUCACGUGCGCGAAUGGUUAAUCAAAAAUACUUGUUCUCUUUGUUUGGUCCUUGCUGGACUU